AUGGAAAUGCUCCCUAAUUCGUUCACUAUGGAUAUUCAUGGGCUUAUGACGAAUAUGCAAGCUACGGCCCAAGUCGUUCCUUCGAACGUAACGGAAGAGGAGCGCCAAAAUCUGUUGAUUGCUUGCACUACAUUGCGAGACGCCUUAGAAACUCCGGCCGAGACCACGCUUCGCACGAUGCUCGCGGGGUAUGAUGCCGUUGCGUUUAGAUUGGCUAUAGACAUGAACCUCAUGGAUGCCGUGGUAUCAGCGAAUGGGCCGGUUUCGAUCCAGAAAAUUGCAUCCAAAAUCUCCUGCGACCCCGUGCUCGUCCGUCGGGUGGUGAGAUUAUUGGCCUGCAGAGGUGUAUUUGCAGAGGAAGGAGAUGACUUGUACUCCCCGAGACCCCUAGCGUUUGAAUAUUCUUCAGGUUCACCUCUUGCAGCGGCAAUCCUUCACCUGUCGACUGCCGGGCCUUCUAUGACCAAGCUGCCCGAUUAUUUCGCUGAGAGAGGGUACCGGAGUCCGGGUGACGCCUUCAAUGGCCCUUGGCAGUACGCGGAGUGCACGGACAACCACUACUUCAACUGGCUGUCUGCACGACCAAGGCUACAGAAUGCUUUUAACAUUGUCAUGGGCAUACAGCGGAAAGGUCGAGGAGAUGAAUGGUUCCAGUUCUACCCUGUAGAAGAGAAGCUUCGGGUGAAAUCAGCAACGGAUCCAUUGCUUGUUGACAUUGGAGGUGGUGUAGGACAUGAUAUCAUUCGUUUCAGGCAGUGUUUUCCCACACUGACAGGCCAACUUAUACUGGAAGACCUCCCAUUGGUGAUUGAAGCCGCUGUAGACCUACCUAACGGCAUUACCGCCAUAGGUCACGACUUCUUCCAACCGCAACCAGCGUUGGUGCGGAAUGCGAAAGCAUACUACCUAAGGACAGUGCUGCACGACUGGCCUGAUAAGCAAGCUCGAAUAAUUCUACAGAACGUCAAAUCUGCAAUGUCCGAUGAAUCUAUUCUCUUAAUCAACGAAGGUAUCCUGGAGUCAUCCAAAGUCUCCAUUCAUGAGGCCAGGUUCGAUCUACACAUGAUGGCAAGAUUAUCUUCGCUCGAGAGAACAGAGUCACAGUGGAGGAAAUUGGUGGAAUCGGCCGGCUUUGAGUUGGUCAAGCUGUCUAAGGGACUUUUGUGA